AUGACUGCUUUGGCCGCCAUGAGCAGCAUCGACUCUCUCCUCAAUCACGACGCCCGCCCCGACCGCCGCCCAUCGCUCGCCCAUUGCGCCGACAUGACCACCACAAGCACAAGCACAAGCACAUCACCAUCACAAACCCAAACACCAAACACCAUGACGACGACUACCUCGACCGACGAUGCCACCGAUGCCCUCACCACGCUGGCCACGCUGGGCAAUGGGCAGCAGUAUCCCCCCGCUCACACAGAGCCCGCCGCCUUGCAGGACCAAGUGCACGACGCGACUUCAACAGCGGCAAUGCCUUCACCUCAGCCCUCGAUCAAGCAUGAGCCUUCGGGCACGCCGCGUGAAAAUACGCCAGCAGCCGGCCCAGCGCACCCAGACCGACAGGCCUCUGUUCCGGGCGAGGACGUCGACUCGGAUGCUCUCAAGGCGCUCGAGAUUGCAAAGCAGAGCGAUCUGGGGCUGCGCAGAAGAAAUCAGAUGGGCGCCGACGGUCUCCAGUCGCCCGUGGAGCCCAAGCCUGCUCCGGCUUCCGCCAAGAAGCGACCAGCUCCCGCCUCUGCCGUCAGGAAAAAGGGCACGGCAAAGACAUCAAAGCCAAACAAGAAGCGCAAGGUCGAGACCGACGACGGCGCCACGCGCUCCGUCACGCCCACUGCCCGCGUCCCAAAACCCCCUCCCCGCGGCUUCAAGAGAAGCUCCCAUGCCGGCACCCCCCUCGAGUCCUCGCCCGCCCCCGACAACUCGUCACAGGCUCACGGCUCCGACGAUGACGGCGAGUCCUCCGAAGAUCACAACCUGUACUGUCUCUGCAAGAAGCCGGACAACCACCGAUGGAUGAUUGGCUGCGAUGGUGGCUGUGACGACUGGUUCCAUGGCGACUGCGUCAACAUGAAGCAGGCGGACGAAGAGCUAGUUGAUAGAUUCAUCUGCCCACUAUGUGAAGAAAACGGAAGGGGACAUACCACAUGGAAGCCUAUGUGCAGGCGGGACGGGUGUCGGAAACCUGCACGUCUUACAAAGGGCAAGGAAAGCAAGUAUUGCUCCGACGACUGCGGACUCCUCUUCAUGUCGGAACAAUUGCAGCGGACAGCCGGCGCGAAAGGUGCAAAUGGGUCAAGGGAAAAACAAAAGAAGAAAAAGAAGACGACAGACGGCGAACCCAUUGAUGAAGAAGAGCCUACUCCGCUUGGCGGCACCUUGCGAGCAAAAGACCUCAAGGCCCUCGUCGACGCGUCCCCCAAUAUCCAAGCAUUCAAGAAUCUAGGGACUGGCGUUCUCACCCCUCCACAAACAGCAUCCCCCUCACGUUCAAAUUUCCCUUCCAAUGGCGAGGAUCUUGCCUUGACUGCCGCCGAAACCGACCGACUAGCCGCUCUACAUAAAGAAAAAGUACAGCUAAAGGACAGACUCGAAGUACUCAAGGACCGAGAAAAAUUCGUCAGCAUGGCAAAAGAGCAAGCCGUUCGUCUCGCCGACCGCGAAAAGAUCAAGAUUAAAGACUUUUGCGGCUACGACUCACGACUAAGCUGGUCUGACGCAGAGUUCCUCCUCUGGCGCAACAGCAAGCACGGCCGUGCAGUCUUCCAAUACUCGACCCUCUCCCCCACCGACGAGCAAGUAUCCUCAAUACCAGACGCAAACGGCGUCGACACAAUGGACAUUGAAAUCAAAGAAACGGCUUGUCUGAAGAAGCGUUGCCAGAAGCAUCCCCAGUGGCAAAAGCUCAAUCUCCAAGACGCACGGUUUGAAGAGUUGGAAGUCGUAGAGGCAAUCAAGGAGUGCGAAAAGGACGAGCAAUCCGUGCGUGAGCGUGCUCGACGGAGGGGCGCAAAAGAUGGUCUGGCAAAGGAAUUGGCGGGCGGUGAUAUGUCAAAGGUAGCUCGGAAUCGAGAAGGUUGGGUCGAGACCGUAAAGACGUGA